AUGGAUAUUUUCCAGAAAAUCGAGAAGAUAGGCGAGGGAACUUACGGCGUGGUUUAUAAAGCUAAAAACAAACUGACAGGGCAGGCCGUGGCACUUAAAAAGAUCCGCCUCGACCCGGAGACAGAGGGUGUGCCAAGCACUGCUAUUCGGGAGAUCUCACUGCUGAAAGAACUGAAUCACCCAAAUAUAGUGAAAUUGCUGGAUGUCGUUCACACUGAAAAGAAGCUGUACCUGGUGUUUGAGUAUCUGGACCAGGACCUGAAGAAAUACAUGGAUUCGUCCCAGCCUGUGGGGAUGCCCCUGCCCCUGGUCAAGAGCUACCUGUUGCAGCUUCUGCAGGGCAUCUCGUUCUGUCACUCUCACAGGGUGAUUCACCGGGACCUGAAGCCUCAGAACCUGCUCAUUAACCGGGCCGGUGCCAUCAAGCUGGCAGACUUUGGGCUGGCCCGGGCUUUCGGGGUGCCCCUGCGCACCUACACCCACGAGGUGGUGACUCUGUGGUACCGUGCUCCCGAGAUCCUGCUGGGCUGUAAAUACUACUCCACUGCUGUUGAUAUCUGGAGCAUUGGCUGCAUCUUCGCUGAGAUGGUGGGACUGAGGCAGGGAGAGCUCCGGGCAGAGGGCUCAGUGUAUUCACAGUGAUAGUUUAAUAGGGUUAGCAAUGUAGGUCCUGGCUUUGAAGAGUGACAAGCAUGGAGUUCAUCUUGUGAGAGUUGUGGCAAGAUCUAAAGAGCUAGUGGGUUGAAGCUAUUGAGGGUGCU